AUGAAAAGUAUCAUAGCGGGAUUACUAGCGUUAUUGAUAAAGGCAACGAAUGAAGGAAAAUCUCGUGAGCAACUUCCUUCAAUUCUAGAUAGUUUUUUAUCAUCACACAACGUCGCUAUUGAAAAAAAUAUUGUUGACGCUGGCAAAAAAGAUGUUGAUUCGCUAACUGAACAGAAAAUCAUACAACAAUGGAAAUUGAAUUAUGGUUUAUUUUGCGAUGGAGCUAGCAUCCAACCAAGUAAAAAGGCUGUUUUGGUUGAUGAUGGUGAUUUGGAUAUAAAUUUGUAUAAAGGGAUGCCUAUAGUUUUUAUUAAUACAAACAAUCCUGAUUGUUCUACAAGCCCACUCACUAUAGAGAAUCAUAACUGUGGGAUUUAUUCGGAUGUGUGCAUUAAUUUCCCGGUCAUUGAAAUCACUUAUAAAGCCGAUCAAUUAGAAUCUUUUUCAAAAUUUACGGAUGAUGAAGUAUUACACGAAUUAUAUGGCCAUUUUAUUGCAAAAAAAAUUUUAGCUGGUGGACAGUUACUUAUUAAAAAUUUCAGCUUAGCGGCACCGUCACAAAGAGAAAUUUUGAAAUUUUAUAUAAUUUGGGCAUAUAAUUUGGCUAAAAAUAAUAACGAAACUCCGUUCGAUAAUAAUUCUUUUUACUUGAGUUUUUUACCAAGAAUAGAAACUUCAAAAGGUGUGGCGUUAGACACACUUCAAAAAUUAUCAAAUUGGCUAAGAAAAUUAUAUCAGGAUAACAUAAUAAAUAUUAUUUCUUAUGAAGAUCUUGUUUCUAUAAAAGGUGAAAUAUCAUCAGAUAAACAUCCUGGAAUUGCUAAUUAUAAAGAAAAGUUAGGGUUGGAAAUGUGGGUUGGAAAUGUGGAAUAUGUUAAGUUAGCAAAAUGGAUCAAAGAUUUUCACCCAUUUCUAGGUCUUGCAAUUAACAAAUCAAAUGAAGUAGAAAGUAGCAAGAAAUUUGCCAUUAAUUUUAUUGAAGUUCCCACAAUAAAUUUAAGAGAUGAAUCUUAUUUUGAACUAAUAAAUCCUACAACAAAAUUGGAGGAAAUUUUAAUAUCCAAUAAUAUUUUCUCAAUUAAAAAUUUUAGAAACUUUCCAUUUAUUAUUAUAAAUGAUGAUUUUAAUGAUAAAGAAAAUAUUCAUUUAGUAGUGAAAUAUGAACAAUACGAGAUAUUAAUAAGUAGGGAUCAUAUAAAACCUUCGGAAUUAUUUAAGAAUGCUAUAGAAGAAGCACUAAAAAGUAUGAAACCAUUUAAUGCCUUGCAAGAUGUGUUUAAUGUAUAUGGGCAUUUAUUCCCAUUAAGAAUUAUCUUAGGAAAAUCUCUUAAAAAUAUUUUAACCACAGAGAUUUUUGGUACGAUUGAAAAGAUUAAUUUAAAAUUACCAAUCUUAUCCUUACAAUCAUAUUUGAAUAAUUUUAAUAUUACAUACCUCACAACACAAAAAGGCGAAGUCGUUGAAGAAGAUGAUUGGUUUAAAAAAACAAAUAAUGAUUUAGAAAUUAUUGAAUAUGAUGAGGUAAUUUCUUUGUAUGAUGUUCUCGAAGCAGAACAAAAGAAAAAUAUAGAUUUGAUCUUAAAUAAUAAUUUGAAAGUUAUAUUGACCGGAAUAAACGAUUUGAAAGAUUUGGAUAUAGAUAAUAUCGAACAUUAUAAGCGAAUAAAUAUAGAAUUAUCAUUGGAAAAUGAAAAUUACGAAGUAUUUGGAUCAAUUAUAACAAAUGAUAAUUUAAAGUCUGAAGAUUUUUUUGCAAGAUUUAGGUUGUUCGAUGUUAAUGGAUUUUCUGUAAUGAUAAAACCUUUUAAAAGAUCGAAGGUCGAUAUCAGAACUUGUCACAUAUUGUGGAUGAUUGUUGGAAAUCCUUCGAAAUUAUCAGUUUUUAGUCCAAAUAAUCGAGAUAUUCAAGUUGAUUUCAUCGAAAGAUCUAUUGCAUUAAACGUUGAUGAUUCAUUCUAUUACAUAAAAACGCUUCCUUUAUCCAAAGGAAAUAUCAUUCUCAUUGAUGCAUACUACCCAUCAACAAAUUAUGAGCCGCAUAGUAUUUUCAAGUUAGUUGAAUGGGAAGAUGAAGCUAUUAAUUUUCAAAUAAUCAAAUCAACUUAUAAUGAGUCGAGUUUGGAUAGUUCCGAAGUUCAACAUGGUGAAAAUAUCAAUUCUUUAACAAAUAUUGAGCAUUCUGCUAAUAUAAUACUACAUAUUUGUAUACUUCAUUCUGAUUAUGGAAGUUUAAGGAUUGAUAAUCACGAAAAAGAGUGUGAUUGGGACUUAUUUGGGUAUAUUUUAACUAAAGAAAAUUUGAAUAAGAAAUUUGAAGAAAUUGAUAAAUUUGAUAGUAUUCAAAAUACAAUUGGACGCCCUUUCAUAAAUGAUGAUGUUAAAUUUGAUAGUGAUCAUUUAUCUCAGAACCGUGGCAUUGUAACUAAAGUUCCCUCAGAAAUUAUUUCCUAUUAUAACGAUGAUGAACCGAUGGAGAAGCACUUUCCUUGGAUAGACGAAUUUGGUAUAUAUGAAGAUAUUGAGUUGCUUGAUAUCACUAAGGAUAUGUACCUUGAUGAAAUCGGCAAUGAUAUAUUUGACGAGACCUCGGCCCAUAAGAAAGUUAGAUGGGGGGUAGAGCAAACAAAAUUGUUGCUUGAAUAUUUGAAAGAAAAUAAGGAAAAGGUUCGAAAUUUACGUGGUAUCAGUAGUAGUAAAUCUCUCUGGAUGGGUGCUUCCCAAAUGUUACACGAAAAUAAAUACGAAUUUACCGAUAAGCAAUGUGCAAUUAGAUAUAAAAAUCUUAGAGUGGCCAUCAAAAGUGGUUCUAAAUCUUGUUCUUCGAAGUCAGAAAUUGAAGAGAUUAUUGGAAGUGAUUUAAAGAUAAAGAAGAUAAACAAACAAUAA